AUGCCACUCCGCUCCUGGCAUCCCUGGCUGCUGCUGCUGCUGCUACCGUCCCCCCGACAGGUGCAGGGAGCCGCCAGGUCCCAGGACCACCCAGGUUUUGAGGUCUUGGCGUCUGCGUCCCACUACUGGCCACUGGAACACGUUGAAGGGAUCCAUGAACUUCAGGACACAACUGGAGCCUCCCGCGCCCACAACCUCACUGUGUCCUCUUCCCAUAACUCCACCUUUGUGUAUGCCAAUGACCCCGCCUACACUAACUCCUCAGCAACAGUAGACAUCGUGGAAGGCAAGGUGAACAAAGGCAUUUACCUCCGGGAGGAGAAGGGUGUCACACUCCUCUACUAUGGAAGCUACAAGAACUCCUGCAUCAGCAGCCCCGCCCAGUGUGGCCCAGAAGGGGUCACCUUCUCUUUUUUCUGGAAGAAACAAGGAGAGCACUCCAGGCCCACGGCCUCUGCCUACGGGGGACAGGUCAUCUCCAACGGGUUCAAGGUCUGCUCCCGAGGCGGCGAGGGCUCUGUGGAGCUGUACACGCGGGAGAACUCCAUGACGUGGGCGGCCACCUUCAGUCCCCCAGGCCCCUACUGGACACAUGUGCUGUUCACGUGGAAGUUCAAGGAGGGCCUGAAGGUCUACGUCAACGGGACGCUGAGCACCUCAGACCCCAGCGGGAAGGUGGCUCACACCUACGGGGACUCCAACGCCAACCUGGUCAUCGGGACUGAGCAGGACGCGUCCCGGCGCUACGAGAACGGUGCCUUCGACGAGUUCAUCAUCUGGGAGCGGGCACUGACCCCACACGAGGUGGCCAUGUACUUCACGGCAGCCGUCGGGAGGGGCUUCCUUAUUUCUGCUGACCUUCCAGUUUACAAGACAUCUGUCACUAUGUCUGUUUCCACAGAUGCCUACUAUCCCAUCAUAACCAACCUGACAGAGGAGAGGAGGCACUUCCAGAAGCCUGGGGUAGCACUCAGCUACCUGCACAACGUGUCCGUCAGCUUACCCCACGAGUCCCUCUCACAGGACACCGCCCGGAACCUCACUGAGACCUUCUUACAAACCGUGGGAAAAGUUCUGCUGCUCAACCGGACCACCAGGUCAGAGGACCACGGCAUGGCACUGGGCCUGAUUGAGAUCAUUGACGCGGUGAUGGGGCACAUCUCCACCAACCUGCAGGCCUGCGAGUCCCACAUCACCUUCACCGGCUCCUCCUCCAUGGCAGAAUACUCGGUGAACAAGAUCCUCCCCCGGGCCAUGAACACCUCUCAUUACCGCUUCCUGGCGCAGGGCCACAGCUACAUUGAGAUCCCUCACGAGGCCUUCCAAGUCCAUGCCUGGACCACCAUCGUCGGCCUCCUCUACCACACAGUGCAUAAUUACCUGGACGGCAUCCAUCCGGCCCACACCAGGAUCACCGAGGCCGCCAAGCACAAAGACUUCCUGAUGUCGGCCACCAGCCUGCUCAUCUCCCUGGAGGUGUCCCCGCCGCCCACUCUCUCCCAGAGCUUGUCGGGGUCUCCGCUCGUCACCAUCUACCUCGAGCACAAGCUGAACCUCAGGCAGCACACCCAGGCCACCAACAAGAGCAACCAAGUCUUCUUCUACUGCGCUUUCCUGGACUUCAGCUCAGGGAGAGGGGUCUGGUCGGACCAGGGCUGCGCCCGUACAGAUGGCAACCUCAGCUUCUCCGUCUGCCGCUGCACGCACCUCACCAACUUCGCCAUCCUGAUGCAGGUGGUCCCGCUGGAGCUGGCACAUGGACACCAGGUGGCGCUGUCGUCCAUCAGUUACAUUGGCUGUUCCCUGUCAGUACUCUGCCUGACCGCCACGCUGGCCACUUUCGCUGUCCUCUCCUCCGUCAGCACCAUCAGGAACCAGCGCUACCACAUCCAUGCCAACCUGUCCUUCGCUGUGCUGGUGGCCCAGGUGCUGCUGCUGGUCAGCUUCCAGCUGAAGCCGGGCACGGUCCCCUGUCAGGUCAUGGCUGUGCUCCUGCACUACUUCUUCCUGAGUGCCUUUGCGUGGAUGCUGGUUGAGGGACUGCACCUUUACAGCAUGGUCAUCAAGGUCUUUGGCUCAGAGGACAGCAAGCACCUCUACUACUAUGGCAUAGGAUGGGGUGCCCCUCUUGUCAUAUGUGUCAUUUCCAUGUCAUGUGCCAUAGACAGCUACGGAGCGAGCGACAACUGCUGGCUGUCCCUGUCGAGCGGCGCCAUCUGGGCCUUUGUGGCUCCUGCCCUCCUUGUGAUCAUGGUCAACAUCAGCAUCCUCAUCGCGGUCACACGGGCCAUCUGUCAGAUCAGCGCUGACAACUAUAAGAUACACGGAGACCCCAAUGCCUUCAAGCUGACCGCGAAGGCCGUAGCGGUGCUGCUGCCCAUCCUGGGCACCUCGUGGGUGUUUGGCGUGCUUGCAGUCAACAACCAGGCGAUAGUCUUCCAGUAUAUCUUCGCCCUGCUCAACUCCCUCCAGGGCCUCUUCAUCUUCCUCUUCCACUGCCUGCUGAACUCAGAGGUGCGUGCUGCCUUCAAGCACAAAACCAAGAUCUGGUCGCUCACCAGCAGCUCGGCCCGCAGCGCCCAUGGGAAGGCCUUCAGCUCCGACAUUACAAAUGGAACCCGGCCAGCCACAGCUUCCUCAAAACUGGGCCCUUGGGACAAGGGCAGCCUCUCUGCUCACCGUGUGGACCUGUCUGCUGUGUGA